AUGAAAGGACAAGUUUCGAGUACGUCAUGGGAGAGCUCGAUCAUCGAGGGCCGGCUGUCUAAGAAUCUAGCAAGGUACACCUUACUAUUAGAUAAAUUAUCGACACUCUCUCAAGUAGACAAGUUGUCCGAAGUAAUAGCCAACGACUAUACAGAACAGUCAAAGCAAUUGAAUUCAUUUGUGCAAGAAUCGCAGUCAUCGCUCAACAAACAAUCUCGAAAAUUGGAACUACAAAGGACCGACCUUACGACUAGUUUGACACACUUCCAUGAAACGGUAGGCACGAUAGCCUCCUCAAACACAAGAGCAAAGGCUAUACACGACGACAUUGAAACCGUAGAUCAAGAACGUGCACUGGUCAACAAAACAUUACAGUUUGUAAAGGACGUCAGGACGCUAAAGAACAAUAUUUCAUUGGCACACUCAGCUUUAAAAGCUAAUGAUUACCUAGUCGCUGCGACAGCGAUUGAUGAAAUUAGAAGCCUUCCUGACAAAAAUCUGAUUGUUUCUGAGUUUGCCAAGAAAGUGGUGCCCUCGAGUGAAGUUCCUGAAGAACCAGCAAUAUUAAUAAAAAAUUGGUGUAAAGAACUGACAGGCUUAUUUCAGGAACAUUUUAUGAAGGCAACUAGAACGCAAGAUAUAAAAGAGCUAACCUUAAUGUUCAAAAUGUUUCCCAUGAUUGGACAGGACGUGCUUGGAUUAGACUUGUAUUCUAAGUACGUCUGUGAUAUUAUUGCUGAUGAAAGUAGGAAAAUCAUGUCGAAUUCCAUGGAGAACAGCAUUAAAUUCCAAGGAUUUUUUUCUCAAGUACUAUUACAUCUUUUCAAAAUUGUAUCCACCAUCAUAAAUGACCAUUCAAAAGUUAUCGCCACGUGCUACGGGGAAAAGCAUAUGGUUCACGUCAUGGAAAAAGUUGAAAAGGAAGCUGAUCUUCAAGCUAGUUUAGUUUUAGAUAUUUUCAUGGAAACGAGAAAGAUAGAUAGAACUAUAAGCGAUAUCAAUGAUUGGAGCCACUUACAAAAGACCGAAGAUAAGAGCAAGAGCAGUAAUCAGUCAGAUAACGAAACAGAUAACGAGGCGGAACAGAGCUCAAUAAUAUCCAUUCAUGAUUUGGCGCUAUUAAUAAUAGAAUUUUCUCAAAUAUUACAAAACUGGUCCAUGUAUUCUCGCUUUUAUUCAGUGAAAUGGAAUGAAUUUUCCAAUUUGCAUCCAGAUGUGCUGCAACCACCUUCACCGAUAGCCGGUGGUAAAUUUGCAUUGAAACUGGAACAGGAUAAGAUUUUUGACGAUUUCCAAGCGCUAGUGUUAAACCAUCUCCAUAGAUCAUUCAAGAAUAGCAUGUCACUGGAAGAAAUGCCUUCACUUAAUGAUCUUGUAACGACAGUUUCCCUCAAUGAUCAUGAUAAAAACUCAUACCCUGUAACGUCUGUUUUGGAUGACCUGAUUUUGUUAGUCCGGAAAAACCUUAUAUCAGUGGUCAAUACUGGCCAAUUUAAGCUCUUGUCAAGUUUUUUGAACGAGUUAGUAAAAUUCUUCCAGAACCAAUUUCUGGUCAAAUUCAUGCAAAACAAAUUCAAAUUAUUGCAAUCGAAACUAACCCCGAAUAUAUCUUUGAAAAAAUAUAUCCCAAAAGGGGAAGAACAAUCCUCGGCAUAUGCAUCAUCAAGAUCAGUGUCUCCGCCCGCAAGUAAAUUCUCUCCACUAAGCAGAUUUACUUUCAGGGGGGCUGCGGCCAGUGCCCUGACAAACAUUCAAUCAAAUUUGCAAGCCGUAGUUGCUGAUGAUGAGGAUUCCAUUUUAGCGUUACAUCAUUAUUUGGUUUAUUUGAACUCGCUAUAUUUGAAUAAAGUAUAUGUUCACAGGCUUUUAUCCAUAGAAAUACUGGAAGACGAUUCGCAAAAAAUCCUGAAGGACAACUUCCCAUUCAACAACGAGGCAACGCAACUACAAACUUUGAUUGGGAAUUCAGAAAAACUAGUUUUAGAACAAACAGAUAAGCUAAGCAAAUGGGCUGUCAAAUACUUAUUCCAGAAUAUUUUACAGAGCAAAGUCCGGAAUCUAUUGGCAUCGAUUUUUGUUAACUCCAUUUCAUCCAACUCCUCAGUCUCAAACCAAAAUAACAUGUCUCGCAACAAUUCUGCAGGUGCAAACCAAAAAAAUUACAUCAUCAGCAUAGAAGAUUUUGAGGAUCUGUCACAAAUAAACAGUUUCAAUAGCAAAUGGAACCAAUUGAUUACUCCUUACAAAAACAUUCUUCACAAGGAGGCAUUCGUUGAAUUACUGUCUAACAUAGUCAACUACAUCGUGGGGACCUUGGAGCAAAGAAUAUGGACCUUGGAAUUUAAUGAGCUAGGUGUUACAAAAUUAGAUAGAGAACUGAGUUUGUUCAUAGGUAGUAUAUGUGGUCUGAACUACAAUCUAAGAGAGAAAUUUUUGAAAUUGACACAAAUUGUGCUGCUUCUCGGCUUAGAUGAUGACAGCUUUGAUUUGAGUACAGAUGAUAUUAAGGAUGACUUCAAUGGCACUUUCGAUUGGGUGAUAACUUCCCAGGAAAGAAUAAAAGCUAGGAACAUGAAGAUUGAUAGAAGACAGUAA